AUGACUACUUUAGAUGUUGCAGAGAGAAAUAAAAUUAAAAAUGAAGAAUUCAAAAUCUGGAAGAAAUCAAUACCUUCUUUAUACCAACAUAUUUCAAGUUUGAAGCCUAAUUUCAGCUCAAACGUCAACGAAACGUCAACAACACCCAAAAGUUUAGUCUUCACUAACGACAAAGCUUGUGACAAAGCUAAGGGGACUUUAACCGCACCGCUUCUAUAUUCCCAAGGGAGUGAGAUUUUUGAAGUGGAAUGCGUAAUGCCACUUGGACUUCAUUAUAAAAAGUUAGAAGGCAGUAUAGAAAUAUUACCACAACCAGAUUACACCACGGAGUCCCUAAAAGUUGAACAGACUGUUCUAACACCAAAAUGGGAAUUUAAAGGUGAAACCAUUGAAAAAAUGAUAUAUGUUGAUAACAGUGAAAUAAAUGUAAAAGUGAUAGCCCUCUCCGCCAAUGGUUCUUUGGCAUGGUUCAGGGAUGGAGUUAAAUUACCUGUUUAUACAAUGUUGGAAGCGCCCAGUCCUCUCAGUACAGCAUCAUGCGGAGAACAUGAUGGUAAACCAAAUGUUGAUUUUGCAAUCUCAAACGACUCAAAAACACUGGUAGUAACUAAAGGAACUAUACUUGAUAGUGAAAGUGCUACGUUCAAGAUAAUAGAUAACUCAAGUAAAAUAGGAGAAGUUGUUCGUACAGUGUCUGUUUCUAAUAUAAAAACCAUCCAAGCGGUUAACUUCUUGAAUAACAACAUAUUUGCUACUUGCUCAGAUGACGGUGUUAUAAGGUUUUGGGGAACUGAAGCAGGUGAGGAGCCCCUAUGGAUAUUAAAUGAUUCUUUAGACGGAAAAUCAUGUUGCUUUGCCGUAUCGCCCUUUGUUGAUACCUUAUUCGUAACCGGAACAAGUAGUGGAGCCAUCAAAGUUUGGGAUCUCCGUGCGGUUGUUUCCUCGAUGGACGCUGCUGUUGGUCCGAAUUCCAAUCAAGAACACAAUAAAGUCAAUGAGCUAUUUAAAGUCCAUCAUUUUUACAGUGAGCGAGUCUCUAGAAUCGAAUUUUCUGCCAUUUCACCUACAGAGAUGAUAACUGUUGGGGAUCUUGGAAAUGUCUAUCAUUGGGAUUUUGAGCCAGUUUUCUCCAGCUAUACCGAAACAAGUGAGGAGUUCCAAGGUACGAUAGCCGAUGAAGUAGAAGCAGAAAGCAUGACAUUUUAUCACACUGAAGGCUGUAGAAGAGAAAUGGGGGAAAACGACAAGGUCAAUACUGUUGCUUACCAUAAUUCUAUUGAAGACCUGGUUGCCACAGUUGAUAGUGAUGGUUUAUUAACUGUGUAUAGGCCGUUUACAGGAAAGAUUCAUGGAGAUGAAACGAAGCUUGAAAUGGCAACGGACUAG